AUGACGUCAUCAUCUUACACAUCGUAUCGCGCCCUCUCUUCCUUAUUUGGAAGUGGCGCACUCUUCUCAAAUGCUCCGCUCCUCCAAGGUUUGUUUCUCUUUUCUUUUGUUUCUUUUGUUUCUGGAAACUCUCCAGAUCUUACUGGCUCCAACACUUUAAACUCACGAGCCUCAGGUACUGUUGGUCUACCCGGGGGCUCCAAAACUUUUACCGGCACCAUUGUCUUUGGCGGAUCGACGGUGGGAGGCUUAGUUAACUGUUGCCAGGCAACAGUUCCACUCUUGUGUCUCAUCCCUUUGGGGGAUACACUCCAUCAAAAACUUCAUUCUGCCGACGCAUUCCUUCCUUCUCAGUCCGCACUGCCAGCCCAACAAUUUUCCAGGUCUUCUGAUUCAUAUUCACCCGCGCUCUCAGGAGCUUCCUUCCACAUAACAAAGGGUACUCCUUCUGGUCUUACAAGGUAUCCUCCUUGUUCCAUCCACAUCAAGGAUCUGUUGUUCAUCUAUCCAAACUAUGAUGUUGAUGAUGUCGACAGGUACUUUGACAUCUCCCUCAAGAGGGCUCAUUGGGCUUGCGAACCAUUGAACCUUGCCAGUGACAGUAGUGAAGAGUAUGCCAAUGAUAGCCAUGAUGAGCCAUUGAUCAGCUUGGUCAGCAAUUCACAUGAAGAUGAGGAAUUAUAUGAAGAUCCUGAUGAAGCUAAGCUCAUGGCCACCAUUAACAGGCUCUACAAGUGGGAACCAAUGUUCCUGAUCGUCAAUUGGAAGAAGUUAAAAGCUGCACUCAUCACAGGAAUAUGGAAUAAAGGAUACUUGAAGCCAUAA